UUAUAAAGUGACCACUUGUGUUCUUCCCGUGAUGGUUAGCAGUGCAGCUAGCUAACAGCUAACAAGCUAACGUUGGGCGUCAGAAGCCAAAGUUGGCAGCUGUUCAGAGUCUGGCCUUAACAAGGCCGCCCGUUAGUCCGUGUCUAAAGAAUAAACUCUGUCUGCUUUAAUUAGAAAAGGCUCUCUACAUUUCCUCCUGCUAAAAAGUGCCCUGGCAAUCUAGGAAGUAAAACGUGGCUCCUCCUGUCCUCCAGACAACACUGGCCAAUGUCAACUAGCCUAGGAUAGCUCUCUCUGUAAAGCUAACAGGAGUGUAGGUAUAUACAUCCGGUCGGAACUUCCAUAAUUGGCCAGGACAAAUGCCGACUGCCUUCUCCCCCCCUUGUCGAUUUCAGCACUUUUAUUGUGAAGAUACAUCCAAGCACUUCCGGUCAUGUUGUGGAAAACUUUGCCUAGCACUAGCUCAAAGUUUUGCUAAUGUUAGCUGCUUGUAGUUUUAACCAGAAGUUUAGUCCCCUUGUAAACCGUACCUUGUAUAGCAACAGGCGGAUCGGCCAACGUUUACAUUUAUUUAAUCAAUAGUUGAGAUGGAGUUGGGUCUGUGUGAUGAACAUUCUGGGACUUUGUUCCUGAAACUCACCCACUCGUUUAUUUGCUUCAGGAGCUAAUUUAUGGUUGUGCAAUCCUAACACAGUCUGUGUUGUCUCAUCGCAGAGAGAGAAGCAGGAUGAUAAUGCAGAGCCUUCUCCUUCGUGGUACACUGCGUCGGGUGGCAGCAGCACGCCACUUCCUGCUGGGCGUCACCGCGCAUCCGACACCAGUAGCACCUUGUUGCUGUGUCCUCCGCCUGUCACUUCAACCCCCCACAGCCCACUGCUGGCUGUCCACCUCGGCUGCCAGCCAUGCAGCACAUCAGCCCAAACACCAGGAGGAGCCACAGGCCAGCUCCACACCUCAAACACAGGAAGCUGCAGAUGCUGUAGACCUGGACCCCCUGCAGGACAAGUCCAUUGGUCUGGUGCAGAGGUUUAAGAGGACCUUCAAACAGUACGGGAAGGUGAUGAUCCCUGUGCAUCUCCUGACGUCCUCCGUCUGGUUUGGAACCUUCUAUUACGCUGCUAUGAAAGGUGUGAAUGUAGUGCCCUUCCUGGAGAUGAUUGGUCUACCAGAGAAAAUAGUUGGCCUUUUAAGAGGCUCUACGAGUGGAUAUGCUCUGACUGCAUAUGCCAUGUACAAGAUUGCAACCCCUGCCAGAUAUACAGUGACUCUAGGCGGCACGUCACUAUCUGUUCAGUAUCUCCGCAAGCAUGGCUAUUUGUCCACACCACCGCCAGUUAAAGACUACAUCCAGGACAAAAUGGAAGAGACAAAGGACAAACUGUCGGAAAAGAUGGAAGAGACAAAAGAGAGAUUUUCUGAGAGAAUGGAGGAAACAAAAGAGCGUUUCUCUGAGAAAAUGGAAGAAACCAAGGACAAGUUUUCUGAGAAACUGCAAGAAACCAAAGACAGAGUCUCGGAACGAAAAUCAUUUUUUAGAAAGAAAAACGAUUAGUGUGUCCCGUAUACAGACUGCAUCUUUUUUAAAUAAAUGAUCCAUUUUUGAUUUCAAAAGUAAUCAGUGAGAAGAGAGAGACUUGCACUAUCCUUGUCCUAAAAUACCCCCUCACACAUCCCAGUUAUCAGAUGGUGUCUCUUUAAAUGUCUUAUUCAGUCCCUAAUUGUCCAAACGCUGCCACACGGCACUGUAAGUCUAGACCGCAGACUCCCAGCAAUGCUACAUUCUUUUCUAAUGUAAUUAGAAAUAAAUUAAGUUUUUCUAAUGUCUUUUUAUCCCAUAGUCCAAGCUAAUAUAUUAUAUAAUUGAGGUGUCUGUCAUUUCAAGUGUUAACUGAAAUAUGUGUAUGAACCUGAGAGCUUCUCCUCCAACAGCACACGUCAUGAGCUCUCCGUCAUGUACACAUGUACAGCAGCAGCUCACUGUGACAGCUGGGCAGAGGUGUUGUCAGUGUGCCGUGAGAUGUCUAGGGUAUUAAUGCACGUGUUCUCGUCCGAGGUUCAAAUAAAAGUCUGGUUAAAAUCACCACUGAAUAAAGUGAAAAGCAAAUCA